AUGGAAAAACCACAAAAGAAUGUGUGGUACUUGGAUACAGGUUGCAGUAAUCACAUGUGUGGAGAAAAGUCAAUUUUCUCUACCUUAGAUGAAAGUUUCACAACUACAGUAAGAUUUGGAGAUGACAGCAAAGUUUCUGUUUUGGGAAAAGGAGAUAUCAAAAUUUGGGCUAAAGAUAAUACUAGCAAUUUGCUGAGCUUAGGACAACUGCAUGAAAAGGGAUAUGAGAUCAAGAUUACAGGAGGAGCUUGUCAAAUUCAUGACCAAAAGAGGGGCUUAAUUGCUAAGGCUUACAUGACGACAAAUCGAAUGUUUCCAUUACAUAUUCAAAGUGAUGGUCCUAAAUGUUUCUCUGCCAAGGUCAAUGAUCCAGAAUGGUUGUGGCAUUUACGCUAUGGUCAUCUGAAUUUUAGAGGUUUGAAGACGCUACAUGAUAAAGAGAUGAUGACUGGCCUUCCUCAGAUAACUUGUCCAACUGAAGUUUGUGAAGUUUGUGUUCUUGGAAAACAGCAUAGGGAAACCUUUUCGAAGGGAAAAGCAUGGCGGGCUAGAAGACCUCUUGAGCUGGCGGCUGUUGAGAAUGAGAUAGAAAAGACGAUCAAGGUUCUUCGAACUGAUCGUGGUGGAGAAUACAAUUCAAAAGCCUUUGAAAAUUUAUGUGCUAUACAUGGCGUUCGCCGACAGCUUACGACACCACAGCAGAAUGGUGUGGCAGAGAGGAAGAAUCGUAUCAUUUUAAAUAUGGUACGCAGUAUGAAGACAAAAAGUUCCAUUCCAAAGAGUUUUUGGCCGGAAGCUAUAAACAUGAGCAUUCACAUACUGAAUAAAAGUCUAACUUUUGUUGUUCGUGAUUUGACACCUAAAGAGGCAUGGAGUAGCCGUAAACCAGCAGUUUAUUACUUCAAAAUUUUUGGUUGCAUUGCAUAUGCACGUAUUCCAGACGAGAAAAGGAAUAAGCUUGAUGACAAAGGUGAAAGAUGUGUCUUUCUUGGCAUAAGUGAAGUUUCCAAAGCGUAUAAGUUAUUCAAUCCUUUGUCCAAAAAGAUUAUUAUUAGCCGAGAUGUUGUAUUUGAUGAAGAGAAGACAUGGAAUUGGAGUGAUGAUGUUUCUCUACAACAACAGAACAUUCUAGUCAAUUUUUAUGAUAACAUGGAAUAG